AUGUUUAAACAAGUUCGCUCGCGUUUGAGUCUUUCGCACAAGGAGCCGUUGGAAAUCGUGUUCGACCCUCCCAGCCAAUUCACGGAUUUGAAUGGGGCAGCCAUGGACUUCCAGCACAAUCUUCCAAGACCAGAGUAAGAACUAGAUAAGUUUUUGUCCUGUUUGUCCUGUUUGGUGGGAUUACCCACUAAAUUUUGGUAUUUUACGACGAGUUCCAGCAGUUUUUGUUUGCUUUUUUGGCACCGGUCAGUUAAAUUCACAUACUUGCAAACUUGCACCUUUCUAUCGACGGUAAAAUGUUUCUUUCGACUUUAUACAUGGUUGAGGUCACGUCUUUACGAUUUGUUUUGGUUAAACAGGCUGCUUUAUUGGAGAACUGUUACUUUGCUGAACAGAAAAGAUUGGGGUUGAGCCAGAUUGAUUUCCAUUUUAAAUUGCACACAGACGCUCAACUCAAAGUUUUUCUAUUUGUUUAAAUUACCAAUUUUGCAUAAUAUUCAGUCAUAAAAAUGAAGUACUCCACACUUUCUCAACCGCUUGGUUGACUGCCGGGCAACACAGCUAGUUUAGCCUUAGAAUUGUGCAAGUGUACUAUUUUUGAGUUAGGUUGGGUACAUGCAGUUUCUGCGAACUCCAGUCAAAACUCAAAAUAGCCUUGUUUUUAAAAUAUAGCUUUAAACAUGCAGCGGUUGAGAUCGCAUUACUUAAUACGUAGAGAUACCGAUCUGAAUAUUAUAUUUGAUAAGUAUAAUUGAUCCUCAGAUAAAUACGGAUUGAUUAGAGAACGAUUAAAAUGAUUAUAAAUUCAAAAGAAUUCCGUACGGAUUGCCGCCUUAAAAUAAGUUCUCAGCUCUACCAUUAAUCAGCUCAACUCGAUUGAUAAUUCAAGAAUUUUCUUCAAUUUUCAGUCGAAGGUACGCUUCAAAUUCGAAAAGCACAAGUCUCCUAGUUAUAGACACUAGCUCAAAAGGAGAAACACUGGUCUUCUGGUCACAGAUAUUAGCUCAGAGUUUUGUAUAAUGACAUCUACAACUCGAGUUGAAUGACGUAAAAAGUAUUAAGUGUUUUCAGCGCUGGAGGUCACAAUAGUAGCGUAAAGAUUAAAUUAUCUCUCUCAGUGCCUUUGCAAUAUUUGCGUGUUGCCAUUAAGGUUGUCAAAAAUAUCACAGUAGAUUAAUAUACUGUCGAAACCAAAAAAAUCUUGGCUUCGUUAUAUAAAACUAAAUCGGGAAUUUUAUCAUUUUUAAAAAAUCAUUUUCUAUUCUCGUCUAUUUUCAAUGGUCAUAAGUUUUAUCAGUCUGUAAACUUACAGAUCAUUGUUUUUUUAGACUCUUUAUUUCCUUUCUAUAGUGUUCUCCUGACAGACAUUGAUCGAAAAAUGUUGAAACUAAUUCCAAUAUAUAUCAACGAGUAAUUUCCUUCCCUCGUGUGAAUUUCGAGAAAAUCAUAUUUUAUGACCAGGAGCUGCAAAAAAAGAGAGGAAAGCACUCAUUUUUAUUAGGAAUAACUUCGUCAUUUUUCUCGUGUGAGGCUAUUUUUUAUCUCUGACUUGUUGUCGGUCUUCUUACAAAGCUUUUGUGUUUUGUUCCUUUGCUUACACACAAUAUAAAUAAUAUAAAAUUUGGCUGCAAAGUUGGAAAAAUAAAUAUUAUCACAGGUUAAAUCUUUUGCAUUUGUUAUAAAAAAUGUUCGCUUUUAUGAGAAAAAUUAAAAGCAGGGAGUUUAGAAGUUAGUUAAAUUUGCAUAUUUUCUUUUGAUUUUGCUUAGUUGAUGUCCUUUCCAUUUUCCUAAAAUAUUUCGAAACUCCUAAAUUUGUAAACAUCCGUUAAAGUGGAAUCCAAGUUGCUGGCGCGGUUACCUAGACACAGAGUGUGAAUAAGAUCAGUUGACAUGAAUAUGAAGAACAUCUUGCAGUAAACUGAGCUUCGAUAGGAUAUUGCCGCGAGAAAAUAGCUUAUUUAUCCAUGGGGUAAACUGGUCUUUUUUUUUACUUCAGAAAGUGGUCAUAAUUUAAACGGGAGUAUAUUUUGAUUUCGUAUCGAUGUAUUUCCUCAACAGGGAGCAACCGGUAUUUUCGACACGGGCCCAUGUAUUCCAGAUUGAUCCUGCAACAAAAAAGAGCUGGCUACCGUGUUCCAAGCAGGCGGUAACUGUAUCAUUUUACUAUGAUCCUAACCAAGGAACACACCGAAUCAUAUCUGUUGAUGGCACAAAGGUGAGAAAAUAGCGUUUCUCGCGAGAUAGGUCGCCUUUUGUUUAUCAAGUGAAUCUUUAUUUAUUCGCUAUUCUUAGAAACAACUGCGUUGUGAUAUCUUGUUAAUCCCAGUCAUUUCUUGUUCACUAAUCAUGGACAAUUAUUGCUGGAGACUGUUUGGUGCGAAGUUUUCACAAAGGAAGUUUCUUUGGUUGAAGUUUUGUUGUAUUUUCCUGUUAUGAAGGAAGUCAGUUUAGUCGCUUCAAACAAUAUGGCAACUAGCCAGAACUGAAGUGUCCCACAAUUAAUUGUCUCCCGACUGAAACUAUAUAUUUUCAGAAAAAAUACAGAAGUUUUAAUUGCUAGACAACAAGCGCUUUGGAGUAGCUUUUUGAAGUUAUAAUCUUGAAAAUUUAGUGUAAUCACUCGACAAGGAAAUAAAUUUUAUGCAUUCCUGAAGUGCAGCAAAUGUAAUGCGUAACAAGAAGCCUUGUCAAAGGCUAGUUUGAUUUUUUUUUGCCUAUUUUGCAUGUAGACGUCGUGUGUCUAUGAAUUAAUGCUUGCAUAAAUUUUCCCUCAUCUCUCCGUUUAAGAAAACAGCGUAAUUAAAAAUUGUGAGUUAAGGUAAUUUAUCAACUCAUUUGAAGCCUUGAUGAUGAAUGGAACAAUAAAAUUCGGCAUGUAAACAUUUUAUUCGUUACGGUUUCACGAUUUUGAAUUGAAAAUUUUUAAAAAACGGAAACGAAAAGUUGAGCUUAUUGCUUUAAAAUUAAUUGUGCGUUAGGCUUCAUUUUGUUUCCACUAAUUUACUUCACAAUGGACUUUUUGGUUAUUUUUAAUGCAUGUACGUAUUGAUGUUACAAGGUACAACGUUCCGUGUGAACUCAAAUUUGUAAAUUGAUGUUUGACGAGGACAACGAUGAAGCCAGUUAUUUGUAAAUUGUCAUCGUUUUUGCACUUUUAUGAUGUUAACAAAAUUGAAGUCAAAUAUGUUUUCAACUAUGAAUGUGUGAAUACUGUAUUGAUUGAGCUGCUUUUGGUCAUUAUUGGAAACUGGAAACUGAAUCAAACUGUCUCCUUUGAAGUAAUGAUUUAUUUGGUAUUUUUUCGUGUGAUAGUUGUAUGAUGAAAUUUACUCACAUGACACUUCAAAUAGCAUAACCUGAGGACUCAUUUGAAAAUGUUUGUGUGUCAUGACAACCUGGCUAGAUUUAGUUUCAAUGGAUAUUUUUAUACAUAUCUUCAAGUAAAAACAAACAAAGAGAAUUUCCACCUCCUCAACCCAUAGGACACAAAUACAUGAUAGGCCCCCCUCCCAAACCUCACAGGUGUUAUGAUCCUAAUUUAAGCACCUUUAACUACCUUAUUAUAUAUUUUUCUUCCAAAUGCUCAAACUGAUGAAUUUCUUGAAGAAAGGUUAUGUGUCAUGUCCUAACCCAUCAAAGUCAAAUUUUAUCAAAUGUUCCUUCCUGGUGAGAGAAUUCAGGGAGAUUUUAUAGGAAAGUAGAUUUGUAUGUGACAUAGAGUAUCAAUAUUCUGUUUCAGGUUUACUUUGGUGUGCCAAGAUAAUAAAAGGUUUUUGUUAUUCCUUUUCAGGCAAUUAUCAACAGUACUGUAUUAGCAAACAUGACAUUUACUAAGACAUCACAGAAGUUUGGUCAGUGGUCAGAUCCCAGGGCAAACACUGUGUUUGGAUUAGGAUUUCCAUCAGAAGCUGAACUCAACAAGGUUAGGGAAACUAAGUCUGCUCCCCAUUUUUUUUGCUUUAGAUUUCUAAGUAAAAGCCAUAGUGUAAUUUACUAUUAUAUGUGUUUGAGUUUUCACAACUGCCACUUUGGAAGGUCAACUCAGCAUACAAUACUGCAGAAGUUCUGAAUCUUAUUCUGAUUUCUUUAGCAAGAAGUGGCUUGGAAUAAAGCUAUUACUUCUGUGCAGGAUGGUAUUUUAUUGCAGUCAGUUUUCUUUCUUCUCAUCUCUUUUACUCUUGACAACAUGCAGUGAUUGUAAGGAGAAAUUUCUUAGUGAUCACUCCUAGGAGUGAAAAGUCCUAUGUUGGAACCAUGGGGGUACCAAGUCAUUCAACAAACUGAAUGAAGUCAGGAAUGAAAGUUUAAACUCUGACUAUAGAUUACCCAAUCCUGCUUUGAAGCAAAGGGCUGUAAUACUGUCCAUUAAAGCUUUCAGCUGCAGCUCUCAUAUUAAGUCUUAACUUUUACCUCUUGUAACAAUUAGUUUGCAGAGAAGUUUAAAGAAGCUAAGGGUGGCACAAAAACAGUUGUGAGCAACAACAGUGGAAACUCCAAUUCUCCUGCAGCACCUGUUAACGCGGUUACUACUAAUGGCACCUCAAGUGGAUCAGUAAAUGGAACAACUGAGUCCCCUCACAGUACACCUGGUGCUGGUCACAAAUCUCCAUCACUAAAAAGUAACUCAUCUGCGAGCAGUGGUGAGGUAGGUACAAAUAUUUUUGUGUUAGAAGAGGCAGCAAAGCAGGAUCUUGAACCCAUUUCACAUCCAAAUUUUUGGAACAUUCACACAUCGCAUCUACUUUAAAUAGUAUUUUGUGCAUCACAAAUUUUAAAAAAAAAAAACUUUAAAUCUCUCUUUACCCUGCUUUUCUGUAAAAUUUAUAUGUAAUGUAUUAUUUUUAGGCAUAAUUCACAUUGUUUGUAAACUAAUUGCCUCCUUGCUAGGUGGUCACUGUAACUUAAAAGUUGCCCUUCAAUUUAAUUUUUUUGAUAAUAUUUUUAUCAGAAAGCUUCUGUUUGUAAUAUAUUUAUCAAUCUUGCCAAAUAGUGAUCAGAUAAUCUGGCAAAAAUAUGUGGGGUUACAGAAACUUUUAACCAAAGAGAAUUCCAAAUUCACUCCUUUUCCUUUCGAUAAGUUUGUCAUGAACUCAUUGCCAAAUUUGUAUUAAGGGUCCUGAAAUUUGAUAAUAGCAAUUUUUCUUUGAUGUGCCAUUGUUUGAAAACUGAUUUAAAUGAUACUUAAAUAAUGGAAAAAUGAGAUUAAUUUCUGAUCAGCAGUAUUUAAAUCACCUAGGCUUCUUUUGUGACUUUCAGGUUAUGUCUAAAAACACUGGUAUGUUAAUCUACUUUAAAUUGUAUGCUUUCUGUGAGAAGUUGGCCAUUGUAUGCACAGCUUGAAUCAAAUUUUGGGCACUAGGAUUGAAUUGUUUUUGAGUGCUUGAAGAAUUGAGAAUUCCAGAGUUUUAAAAGGGGAUUCCAUCAUUGUUAAAAUUUGAAUGUUAAUAUAUUUUAAGAUGUAAUGAUUUAUUCAAUUUUAUGUGCUAUUCUGAUGUGAUCUCUUUGUUUUUUAACCUGGAGGGCUUGUUUGUGCUUUUUAAAAGGUUCUUACCUGUUUUAGAUGUUAAAGAACUUUCUUUAUCUUGCAAAUGCAGGUUGAUGGUUGCUUACAAAUAUAGAAUUUUUGAACAUUUCUUUUGAGGGAGCUGAAUCCUUUUCAAUCAGAGAUUUACUUUAUCAUCCAAUGAAUCAAAUAUUGGCCAGAUUAAAAGUCAUGGUUGAAUGACUGUUUUCUUAAUUAACAUCAAAGUGCUAAUGAAAACUACUAAACAGAAGAUCUGAAAGCUGUUUUCAUUUAAGUGUGAUUCUUCAAAGCAUUUUGACUACUAUCACAUUUUAUGAAUUAUUAACCUGUCAUUGUUUUGACAUAUUUUUGUUAGAAUAACAACCAUAUUUUUACAAUAAAGUUUACUUACUUGGACUCCAAGCUAAUAUCAAGUGCAAAACUUUGCUUACCCCCCUCAGUUGUAACAAUAAAACCAGUGACUAUUUUCACUUAAAAAUACAAUGUGGCAAAUUUUUGCUGGUAAAUUACUUGAGUCUUUAGCAUGAUUUCACUGCAUACGUUUAAAAAAGGUCAUGAGAGAUUAUAAUAAUUUUAAAAAGACAAAUUUAAGCUUAUUACUGAUUGAGUCAUGAUUGCUGUGGGCAACACUCCUGUGCUAAACUUUAAGGGUUUAUAAGCUGCAUGUUAAAACUGUUGGUUUAUACACCUUUGUAUAUGUUCUGAUAUCAAUAUUGUGUAAAUAACAGCAGGUCAGUAAUUGUUGUCAUUUUUGACAGAUGACUGGUUAUAAGAGGUGAUUUAACAAAAGGCUUUGUAUGGAUCCUUUGCAAGACUACUAAAAAUAAUAAAAAAUUUCAGUAGCUAUAUCAUCAUGCAAGCCACAUAUCUUAAAUACGGGUUUUUUUUCUGAAUCACUUCAACUUACUUAAUGCAUCUGUUCAAUUGAGAAAGAACAAAAUGGAAAAGUUUGUGAAAAGAAAAGUAUCUUUGCCAGCAUCAUUGAAGCUGAAUAUUCCUGUAAAGGUACAUUUACAAAUUCUAAAUUACGUUCCUCACUUUUUGAAUACACCGAGCAGGAUGCAUGACUGUGCAAAUUUUGGUUGUUUUCAUGAAAGAUACAUUGAAGCCAUUUGAGUGAGGCAUAGUUUGUAUUUAUUACUGAAAGUUUUGUCAAAGGAUUCCUUUUCUAUUCAUUUUGAUGUAUAGUCAAUUUUUGGUUGGAGGUGCAUGUCAAAGUGCUUGCUAAAUUUUGCCAGAAGUUUACAGAGGUCUAACUUUCUUUGAAAGUGGAUAUGUUACAUAUUUAGUCGCCUUUUCAAGUUUGUUCUGUUUGUGCCCAGAAAUGAUCUAAGUACACCAUAUAAAAUAAGUUCUUAUGUAUACAUGUAGCUGUAUCUUGCUUCCUGUAAAGUUGAAAACAAAACUUUCCCUUGCUAGAUAUGAUAAGUUGUUCAUUGUGGCCAGGUAAACUUGUAAGUAAUGACAGAGCAUUCUUGUCCAGCUGAGUUGAUUUAGAUGAUCUUAAACGUUUUUACAUUUUAGGAUGAAUCAAAAGAAUCAUCUGGGAUCAGUCAUAAACUGAUUGGAAAUACCGAAUCUCAAUUGAAAUAUGAGAAUGAUAGAUUGAAGAUGGCCCUUGCUCAGAGGUAGGUGAAAUGAAAGUUGGGCAUUUUUCACACACUUAAUGCAGUGUAGCAUGAAAACUGAACAGUAAAAAUUUAUAAAUUUUGGUCACCAUCAAACUUCAAAACUUUGAUCAAGUAAAACAAACAACCUUUUUAUGCAACAUGUUCAUCGCUCUGAUGAAGGAGUCUGGUUGUCUGUGUAUGAAUCUAACUCCACAAAUAUUACUGCAGUUCAACCAAUGCUAAAAAAUGGGAGACAGAGCUGACAACAUUGAAGAAUAACAAUGCAAGGUUAACAGCAGCACUUCAGGAAAGCACAACUAAUGUUGAAGAGUGGAAAAAGCAGCUGAAUGCCUAUAAGGAAGAAAAUGGUAAACUCAGGAAAAAGGUGAGCUAUUUAAAAUAUGUUAAGAACAUUUUAAGUUUUCAUGUUAUCGAUUUUUUCUGAUAAAACUUCGUGGGCACAAAUAUGUUUUGGGCCAGAAUCAGAGUCAUUUUAGCCUGAGCUGCGAGGUGAUCCUGAGAAGAGCCCGAAAAUAUUUCUCCUGAAGAGUGUAAACUGCAUUACUACUAUAAUUAUCACUUGAGAGGGCUUCAAGGAAAUAAGAACUGAAAAAAAAUGACAACAAAACAGUCUGAACAAUGAUGCCCAUGCAUGCAAGGGGGCUAAAAUUCAUUUUAGUCAGCUAAAAUCUAUAUUUUAGCCUAUAAAAUGCUCCACUGACCAGCAAAGUGAUAACAAUGUCUGUUUUAUGUCUCAGGUUUCAGCAUCAUCUAUCUUGGACUUAAAUGUACAGUUUAGUCUUAAGUGAUUUACCAAGUAUCAGAGUUGUUUCUAUUGUUGUUUUUUUAUGAAAUAGAAAGAAAUUUGAUAUCUUUAAGUUUUAUUAUUAUUAAUUAUUAACUAAUAUAGUGCAGAUAUCACCAUUGAGGUAUUUUUAUCAAUAUAUUUUCCAUAUUCUCACAAGAAAACUUAUAUAACUUGAUGUCUAAUAGCUGAGACUUUUUUAAGUGCUAGCUCACAUGUAUUUCCUUUUUUGAAAGGUCCAUGAAUUAGAAUCUUCUGACCAAGUAAGUGAGAAAUAUAAUUCCCUGACACAAGAGAAACUCACCCUGGAUGGCCGUGUGAUUCAACUUGAGAGCAUGGUCAGACAGAAGGACGAGGUGAGAGAAGCAAGACGCUGCAUGUUGUCAGAAUACAGCAUGCUGCCUGUUUACUCAAGCAUGGUUAUCCAGAUGUAGUACAAUGAAGCAUGUUCUGAUUCUGUCAAACCUAACCAUGAAGUGACCUUUUGCAGUUCAACAAGGCUAUUUAUACCAAUUUUGUUUCUUUACUCUGCAGGAAAUCACCUCUCUGAGACAAGCAAAUGCAGAACUCACAAACCAGAACCAGGUUGGUUAUGAAAUCAAUGAAAUGGACUACUCCCUGGAAGGAAUGAUGUGUAGCAUGUGAUUAGCUACUCACACCUUAAUCCUCAAUCAGCUCAUGGCUUAACCUCCUCACACACUUUUCUUCCAUCUGAGACGUUUCAUUUUCAAUCUUAACUUUAACGCCAGCAUGUUUAUUCUCCAUACUUUUCUUCAUCCAUUUCCAAUGGCACUGAAAAUUAGAAUUUUGUGAGAGAUCAAGAGCUUUUCAAGUUUGUGACCAUUUCCUAACAAUUCUGAUGAGCCUUAUGUUCAAUUUAGUACUGGUAACUUGGAGAGAAAUUAGAUGCUAGUCAUCCUUAGGGAUGAAGGUGACCCAAACAGGGGGCUAUUAGUGGCAGAGUAUCCCAGCUAUAUGUUCAGUAGCAAGUAGAUUUCAUUGUUCCAUGUGGCAAUUGGAAGCUGGGGCAGUUGCACACCAGGAGGCCUCCAAAAUUGAAUCCUUAUAUUUCAUCUUUGAGUCAAGAGCAUUCAUUUCUAAAUAACAUGUUUUUUUCUCUUUUAGACAUUGCAGCUUGAUUAUGAAAGACUGCAGUUAAAAACAGCAGAGAUGAGCUCACGCUUGAAUGAGACAGCUUUGAAUGAAACACGUGUAAAAGAGCUAACUGAAUUGCAGCAAGAGCUUGCUUACAAAGCUGAGGAGAUUAAUGCUCUCAGCACACGACUUGCAGCAAGCCUGGAGAUGACACCUCCUUUAGCAGAAAGUUGAAUUGUAAUUGAGUGAAUUUCUAGCUUUUUACAGCUUUAGCUUUCAGCUGCUAAACAGCAAAAUAAUUUAUUUAUAGAAUAAUAAUAAUCAAAUGAUUAGUAGGCGAUCAGCUCUUUAAAUUGCUGAAGUGUGGCAUAUAACUUUAGUUAACCUAAGAUAAUUAUGUAUGUGUGGUCUACAAAUUUGGUGGGCAUGAUUGUAAACAACAUGACCUUCAUGCAAAUUACAUACUUUCUGGCCUGGGAAACUACAUGUAUGUUGUGGAAUUCUCAUUUAACAGCUGUACCACACAGUAGUGGUUGAUUCUUGUUAUACAAGGUUUCAUUUUGAAGUAAAAUGUUCACUAUUGUGUGAGGUUUCAGUAGUUAAGUAAUUUUGAAGCUGUUAUCUGGAGUAUUUAGAUGUUAUACUCAACACAAAGAUUUAAAAGAUGCUUCAAAAUAGCAGUAGAACCUUUUCUUUUUUGUAAUCAAUUUUUUCUUUUUAGGCUAGAGGGAAAAGUUUUUUUGGAAUUGAAUUGUAUUAAUGUACAAAUCUGUGUAUAUUGAUACUGUAAGUAACAAUAGUACAUCGCCUAAUGGUGACAUUUAAACCAGUGUGUGAUUUCAUUAGGGUCAAAUUUUUUACUAAAAUGAUGACAAGAGAGAACUUGUAAAAAAAGUCAUCUGAGUACUUCAAAUAAAAUUCAGUAGUGGGUAACUGAUGGUGAUACUUAGCUUUACACCAUUACCUAAAGUAAACAGUAUCAAUGAAAAUUGCACUGCUCCUUGCCUUUACAUGGGUUAUUAUUACUUAGAAUUACAGGGCUAGGGUCCUCUGGUCCAGGCACUUGUAAACAAUUGCCAAUGGAAAGAAAAACAAAAAGGGUGGACGAGAGAGCCCCCAAAAAACAACUGCUGCAAACUGCAGCAAAUGCAGAGUAGUAGAAUAAAUCUGAAGCUGAGCCUGUGGCCAUGGACUUGGCUAACUUGUCAUUGAACUAAAUCUACCACUGACAAUGAGGGGGAGGGAUUGGAGUGUUAUUAUAAAUAAGCUGAAAUACAACCAUCAUGUUGUCCCUUCCACCUCUGUGGCCAUUCACAGUGUUGGAAAGGGAAUAGAGGAGGUGAUAUCAGGAGAAAUUGGUUGCAAAAUACAAAUUUAAAACUAAUCAGCCUUCGAACCAAAGCUGUCCAUAAGUACAGCAGCAUUUUGUGCUUUCCAUGACCCAAAGUAACAAAGAGUAUUUCUUCUCACCCAUGGAUGGGAUGGUAGUCCAUCUCAAAAUACCCUCCUACCUCCAACCCCCACCACCCCUUCCUGUUUCCCCGGUAUUCCCUUACUCUUUGGCAGUAACCAUUAAUACUCCUGGGUGUAGAGAGAGGCACUGUGAGAAUAAAGUAUCUUGCCCAAGAACAGAACAAUGACCCUUCCAAUUAGAGUUUCAAACCUGCACUUCUUGAUAUGAAGUCCUGUGCAAAGGCAUUUAGGCAUCUUGGAUCUUCCACAAAAUAAAAAUUUAAGAGAAGUUUUAUUGUGUUGCAAGUGG